UUUAGAUGAUCUGUGCAAUGUCCAGUGGCAAAUCAAAUAAAAACAAUUUGGGAACAGCGUAAUUAAGUAAUAGCACACCUCGAAAUAUAUCACUAAUUAUGAUAUUAUUUUACAAGGUAAAUAAAAUUAUUUACAAAAGGUAUUUUAUAAAACAGAUUUUUCGACAUGUGCAUACACAAAACUCUCGAAUCCUAUAUCCGCUCGAAAGUAAAAAACUAUUGAAAAUAAAUGGUAAUGAUGCACCUGUAUUUCUACAAGGACUAAUCACGAAUGAUAUGCGACACUUUGAAGAAGGCGCAAGGUCUAUGUAUGCUAUGUUUCUGAAUAAUAAAGGAAGAGUGCUUUAUGACACCCUUAUUCAUAAAUGGGUUAACGAUGCCUUUAUGAUAGAAUGUGAUAAGAAUGUGCACAGCAUGCUUCAAAGGCAUUUAAAACUCUACAAACUUAAGCGUUUAGUUGACAUAGAGGAUGUUAGUGAUCAAUUUAGAAUAUGGGCUUUAAUAUCACCAAUUGAAAAAAUUGACACCCAAAUUGAAUAUAAAAGUAAAAUUGAUAUUUACAAAGAUCCACGACUUUCAGAUCUAGGAUAUAGAGUUGUAUCAUCUAAAUCUAUAAAUGAAACUCAAAUAGUUGAUAUAUUAGGCAAUGAUGUUAAGAUUGACUAUGAUGAGAAUGGAUACAAGUACUUGAGAUACAGUUUGGGUGUCAGCGAAGGAGCCAAGGAUCUACCUCCUGGAAUGUGUUUCCCAUUGGAAGUUAAUUGUGAUUACCUCCAUGGAGUUAGUUUUCACAAAGGCUGCUAUAUUGGACAAGAGUUGACAGCACGAGUUUAUCACACUGGUGUCAUCCGUAAAAGAAUCAUGCCAUUAAAAUUCAAUAACAAGAUAAAUGAUAGUUUGGAACAAGAUACUGUGAUCACAUUAAGUGGUCAAACAAAAUCAAAUAUAGGAAAACUGAAGAGUUAUAUAUGGGAUUAUGGAUUAGGUUUAGUUAGGAUAAAGGAGGCUCUUGAUGUAAAAGUUGUGAGAGUUGGGAAGCAUACUGCAGAAAUUAUUAAACCAGUAUGGUGGCCACUUGAAGCACCUAAAGAAAAAGUAGUGCUCACUAAAACAGAAUAAUUUACUGUGAAAUGUAAAUCUUCAUGCAUAAAGUUGGAUAUUUACCAAAAUAUGUACAAUUGAGAUAAAUAAUUAAAGAAAAUGGAAGACUCCAAGUCUAAAGAAGAAUUGGUACAAGUAAUUCACGAUUUUCAAUGUGAAUUUUGCAAUAUGAAUGAAAAAGCACAUUAC